AUGGCGGCCAGCGCGAAGCGGAAGCAGGAGGAGAAGCACCUGAAGAUGCUGCGGGACAUGACCGGCCUCCCGCACAACCGAAAGUGCUUCGACUGCGACCAGCGCGGCCCCACCUACGUGAACAUGACGGUCGGCUCCUUCGUCUGCACGUCCUGCUCCGGCUGCCUGCGAGGUUUAAAUCCACCACACAGGGUGAAAUCUAUCUCCAUGACAACAUUCACACAACAGGAAAUUGAAUUCCUGCAAAAGCAUGGAAAUGAAGUCUGUAAACAGAUUUGGCUAGGAUUAUUUGAUGAUAGAUCUUCAGCAAUUCCAGACUUCAGGGAUCCACAAAAAGUGAAAGAGUUCCUACAAGAAAAAUAUGAAAAGAAAAGAUGGUAUGUCCCACCAGAACAAGCCAAAGUGGUGGCAUCAGUUCAUGCAUCUAUUUCAGGGUCCUCUGCUAGUAGCACCAGCAGCACCCCUGAGGUCAAACCACUGAAGUCUCUCCUAGGAGAUUCAGCACCAGCCCUGCACUUGAACAAGGGCACGCCUAGUCAGUCCCCUGUUGUAGGUCGCUCUCAAGGGCAGCAGCAGGACAAGAAGCAGUUUGACCUUUUAAGUGAUCUUGGCUCAGACAUCUUUGCUGCUCCAGCACCUCAGUCAACAGCUACAGCCAAUUUUGCUAACUUUGCACAUUUCAACAGUCAUGCAACUCAGAAUUCUGCAAAUGCAGAUUUUGCAAACUUUGAUGCAUUUGGACAGUCUAGUGGUUCGAGUAAUUUUGGAGGUUUCCCCACAGCAAGUCACUCUCCUUUUCAGCCCCAAACUACAGGUGGAAGUGCUGGAUCAGUAAAUGCUAAUUUCGCUCAUUUUGAUAACUUCCCCAAAUCCUCCAGUGCUGAUUUUGGAACCUUCAGUACUUCCCAGAGUCACCAAACAGCAUCAGCUGUUAGUAAAGUUUCAACAAACAAAGCUGGUCUACAGACUACAGACAAAUAUGCAGCACUUGCUAAUUUAGACAAUAUCUUCAGUGCUGGGCAAGGUGGUGAUCAGGGGAGUGGCUUUGGAACCACAGGUAAAGCUCCUGUUGGUUCUGUGGUUUCAGUUCCCAGUCAGUCAAGUGCAUCUUCAGACAAGUACGCAGCCCUGGCAGAACUAGACAGUGUUUUCAGCUCUGCAGCCACCUCUAGUAACGCGUACACUUCCACAGGCAGUGCUGGCAGCAGUGUUUUUGGAACAGUGCCGGUGGGUGCUUCCGCCCAGACACAGCCUGCUUCUUCAAAUGUGCCUGCUCCAUUUGGAGCUACGCCUUCAACGAAUCCAUUCGUUGCUGCUGCUGGUCCUUCGGUGGCAUCUUCUACAAAUCCAUUUCAGACCAAUGCCAGAGGAGCAACAGCGGCCACCUUUGGCACCGCCUCCAUGAGCAUGCCUGCGGGCUUCGGCACUCCUGCCCCCUAUAGUCUCCCCACCAGCUUUAGCGGCAGCUUCCAGCAGCCUGCCUUCCCAGCCCAAGCCGCUUUCCCUCAACAGACAGCUUUUUCUCCACAGCCCAAUGGUGCAGGUUUUGCAGCAUUUGGACAAACAAAGCCAGUGGUCACCCCUUUUGGUCAAGUUGCGGCUGCUGGAGUGUCUAGUAAUCCUUUUAUGACUGGUGCACCGACAGGACAAUUUCCAACAGGAAGCUCAUCAACCAACCCUUUCUUAUAGCCUUAUAUAGACACUUUACUGGAUUGAACUUUUGCGUGGUCACAUUACAUCUCUCCGCCUCUUGCACUGUUGUCUUGUUUCACUGAUCUUAGCUUUAAACACAAGAGAAGUCUUUAAAAAGCCUGCAUUGUGUAUUAAAUACCAGGUAAUAUGUGCAAAACAGAGGGCUCCAGUAACAACUUUUAACCUGUGAAUUGGCAGAAAAAGGUAGCGGUAUCAUGUAUAUUAAAAAUUGGCUAAUAUUAAGUUAUUGCAGAUACCACAUUUAUUAUGCUGCAGUACUGUACAUAUUUUUCUUAGAAAUUAGCUAUUUGUGAAUAUCAGUAUUUGUAACUUUAACACAUUGUUAUGUGAGAAAUGUUACUGGGGAAAUAGAUCAGCCACUUUUAAGGUGCUGUCAUGUUUCUUGGAAUGAAUGACCUAAAAUCAUUUUAACUAUUGCUACUGGAAAGUUACAAAGUCAAAAUUGGAAGGUUUUAUUCAUUCUUGAAUUUUUCCUUUCUAAAGAGCUCUGCCAUUUAUACCUACCCAAAUUCUUUAAAAAUGUAGAGGGAUACCUAUCUGCAUAAUAAAGCUCAUCAUGUUUUGCUACAGUUUGCAGGUGAAAAAAAUAAAUAUUAGAAAAUAUGCUAUUGUUUUUGUGUUCUUGCUGCAAUGCCUUUACCAAAGUGGCCUUAAGUAUGAGUAGUGAAUUGAGAACAUCUUGAAUUCUUAAAUUACAAUUUCAGAAGACUUCUAGUGACUAACUUUUAUGUCUAAAAGAGAAAAUUUUAUAAAAAGGCCAUGUAGAAAAUUCAUGAAAACUACCAUGACUGCUGUAAUUCAGGAAUAUGUCAGUGGUAAAGCAUUUAAAUAUAGCUUGUCAGAUUCACCAUAAUCCUUCUAAUUUCUCUGCAACUUAUUAAUUUUGUGAAAAUGUGUAUAUAUAAAGAAUUUGCAUGUAUGUGUAUUCACAAAUUUUUUUUAAGUAUCUUGAAUUCUCAGACUGCAAAAGGCCUAUUUUAACUAUGAUUUAAAAAAAAAUACUGUCUUUGAAUGUACUGGAAGCAGACAUGCAGUAACUGUGACAUAAUUGCACCUCAGUUUUUUUUUCCUUUGGAUGAAGUAGUAUUAUUAAUAGGACAUUUAUUUAUGUUCAUUUCUGGGGGAAAGAAACUGGAACCCAGUGUUACCUUAAAGUUAUAGAAUACUUUGUUUAAAAAGGCAGCAAUUCUAAUGUGUAGUUAUAUCUUUUUGUUAAUAUGCAAGUGAACUUGUUUAAAUAUUUAUAUAUAGUAAUGCCUCAUUCAUCCAGACAUAAUCUGGUGGUCUCAUCAAAAGAGAACACAAUGGGAAACUUGGUAUAAUACUUUUUUGAAAAAUGCCUUUAAGCAACCCACGUAUGUCAGAAAGUCUAUACGUUAGAGCUCAUGCAUAUGUUUUUAUGUGAAAUUCUGAUUAUUUGAUUUUCUAGCCCAUAGCAUAUUAACAGUUCAGAAGUGAUGGCUUGAAAGGAAGGCAAUAGAAAAAACUAUGAAGAGCAUACAUGAUUGAAGACCCUUUAAUGUAGGAACAGCCAUCCUAGCCUAGAGGACAACACUGUAUCAUAUCAUCUUCUGAUAAUUGGCUAUUACUGUGACUCUGUGUCAUCCAGAAAAGGUGAAAUUACAUAUACAAAUAUGUAAUACAUGUUUGAAAACUUUUAUCUUACUUGAUGAAGAUGAAUGAUACAAAAAUGAUUUUUAAAUGUUUCUGAAAGCUUUGGCAUUAAAUGAGAUGAACGUCAGUUUCCUCAAAUGUUUUACUCAUGUUGAGUUCCUUUUCUGGUGGUGACUAUGAGUUAUCAUACUAUAUUAAAGUCUGUGUCAUAUUUUAGACUUGUUAAACAUUGCUGUCCAUUGCAUAUUUAGCUGAGUGUGUGCUUUAUCUUAACUGUUUUGAUAAGCAAGAAGACUGGGAAAUCUCUGCUUCUUGUCUGAGCAGUAUGCCUCUUAGGCUGAAAUGAAUGCUGCAAAGGUUCAGGUGUGUAUUGGUGUAUACUUGAAAUCUCUACAUAUAUAGGGUCUCCCUCCAACCUUUCUUUUUUGGAGGGAAUACUUAAUAAAUGUCUUUGAAUUCCAAUGUUUUAGAUUGUAUUUGGUCCUAGCCAAUUCAUAUGUACAAAAUUAUGCUAUAUAAUUGUAGGCCAUUACCCAGUAACCUGCCAGGCUAUCUGUCUAAGAAGCAGAUUAAACAGUUGUUAUUAAAAUAAUUUUAAAGAGCUUUUUUUUUUCCUGGGUAAAUCUUGAAGUUUGUAAUUAAAUGGAAACUCUUAUUGAUUUUAAAUGAGUGCUUAUAAAAAUCAAAAUGCUUGGUUUAAGAAUUGACCCAGCUUUAAUGUGGAUUUAAGUCAACUUCUGUUAGACUUUCAUAUUUAGAUUUGGUUCUGGUUUUAUAUAGAUCAUCAUAAUUGUGUUGAGUACUGAAGAGGAGAAAUUCCUCAAAGGUGACAAGGCUGAAGACCUUCAAGUUUCCUGGCUUACUGGUGAAUCAGAUCUCUCCUAUCUUUGCUCAGGAAAGAAAAUUUUCUUUUCUUUUAGGGUGGCAAACUUUGUUGAUGCAUUUAAAGGCAUAUUCUGUUUUCACUUUGGUGAAAACAGAGAUUAGAAAAUCACAUUGUUCCUUAAAGUAAUUCCUUCUGUAAAUUUGAGUAAGUGUAUCAGUCUUUACCUGUGAGUUGCCCUGCUCUCGUCAUGCACCUUCUGUAGUACAGUUUCUGUAAACAUAUAAAGUGGAGAGUGGCCAGCUGGCUGCUUUCGUAUCACAGUGCUGACAGCUCUGAAACAUUGUGGUCUCAACACUGUAACUCUUAAAUUAUUGAAGAUCCCCGAAGAGCUUUUGUUUAUCUAGCUUAUUCUAUCACAAUUUACUGUAUUAGAAAUUAAUACCGAGACAUUUAUAAAAAAGAUUUAUUCACUUAAAUAUAAAAGCAACAAGUCCAUUUUACAUGUUAAUGUAAAUAUUUUAGAUGAAAAAUAAUUGUUUUCAAAAAAACAGUGAGAAUAUUGCUUUAGAUUUUGCACAUCUCUUUAACACCUAGCUUAGUAGGAACAGUUGGAUUCUCAUACUCCUUUUGCAUUGUGAUUUCUCCCUAUAUCAUGUGGCAUGCUGGCAGUGCAAAACUCUACUGUGCACUUGUGACGUCACGAGUGAAACAGACAUAUAAUAUCUUAGUAUUAUGAAAAUAGUUUUGGCCUUGGGUUUUGGAGCUCCGACUACUCUUUGAGAACCUCUAUAGUACACUUUAAAUGUGUGUGUUUCUGGAAAAACUGUAGUUGUAGGGCAAAUACCUUGUUCCUGAAUUUGUGUGUUUGUUUGCUUGGUGGAACAAAUUGGAAUUCCAGCUGAAAUUGCACUUGAGACAUUUUUAAUUGUUUUCUGGAUUUUCUUCCUUGUAUUUUUUUUUUUUUUUAAGUAUUUCAAUAAUGAGAUUGUGAAUAUCUCCUUUUUAACAGGAUAUUACAAGUUCUGGUUCAUGGUUAUUGGUGUUUAUGUUGGAAUCAUUUACUGUUCUGACCACUUUGAAGUUGUGUAAUUGUUUUGGAGGAAUAUCAAGUGUCUAUUUAAAUUUUUUUUAAACUCCUUGCUAAACAAAAGUUCAAACUGAAGAAUAGUUUAUCUCUCAUUUACAGUUAUUAAAUAUUUUUAGCUUUAUAUGUAUGUGUGUGUGUAGACACACACAUACAUAAUAUACAUACAUAUAUAAUUUUUUUUAAUGGAAAGUGGAUCCUCUGACAAAAAUCAUUACCCUCCAGGAAGUCAGCUUAUUAUGAUUAAAAGAAUGUGUUUACUUGGUUGUUUCCCUCUGGUGGCUUUCUAUACUUAGUCCAUUUUUAAAGAAAGCAUUUGUGGUUGCUUCUCACAUAAAAUUCUUUGAAGACAUAGUGACUUUUUAAAAAGGUAACUGGAAAGUAGUCUCUGCAGACUCUGGCUUUGCGGCUGUUCGGCAUACUCUGAAACAUGCCUUCUUGGGACAGUGCCCCAUUCCCGCCCCUGGGCGGGCCCUGUCCGUUGUCCACGUGUGUGUGCUCCUGUGCUGAGCUCACCCUCAGAAUGACUCACCUCAUCUUUGGCUUCCACUUGCGGUCUCAGAUUUAUAUUGGAAAGUUAAUCUCUAGGGGACCAUUAUGAACAUACAUUUUUUAAAAAAUAAUGACCUCAAAGCAAUGUGGUGGUAUUAGGGAGUGUAGUAUAUAUAUAUAUAUAUUAAGCCCUUUAAAUCUAUCAGAAACUUACUAGAUGCUUUUCAUGUAUUAUCUCACAUAAUCUUUAUGAAGUGGACUCAUACUUUAAGGAUGAAAGAAGCCAUAGAGUGGUUAAGCUAAUAACAGAGCUUUUGCUGGGAAUAAACGUUUUAGUAUGGAUUAAAAUGCUGUCAUGUAUUUGUAUAAGUAGAUGUUACUUAGUUUGUUUUAAAGCUUUUGAAAUUCUAAGAGAGUUACUUUCUAUAUCCUGUAAACUGAAUAAACUUAGCCAUUUGGGCUCCAUUCAUAAUAUGAUGAAAUCAGUACAGUUUAUUUUCUAGAGUUUUAUUUAAGCUUACAGAUCAGUUAGGUCCUUUUUGGAGCAUAUUUUAAACUAAAGAGACAUCCAAAGUAUCACAGUGAUUCUUACUUUGUGAAACAUCCCAACUUAAUAUAGUUUGUGCCCUAGAUAAUUUAAAAAUUUGCUUUUUAAAGGAUGCUUUUAUUAACAUUUGUAUUAAAUUAGCCUAUUGUAUUGAAUUCAUCCUCACUAAAUUUUUCUUUGAAUAUUUAAAACAUGUCAUUAAUUAAAAUUUUUAUGUAGCAUAUUUGAACAUAUGACUAUAUGACCAGAUGUAAUGCUGUGUUGUUGUACUGGUGAAUGAUUAACAACUUACUUUCUCAUGAAAAAGUGCCUGUUUUAGUGAUUGUUGAUAUUGUGGUAGAAAUACUGUGACCAUGGCUGAUUUCGUUUGCCAACCUGAUGUCAUUAAACUUUGACUUGGAAAGAGAUGCGCACCAGUGGCUCUCCCAAACCCUUACAAGCCAGGACCUGCAUGACACUGAGUUCUGUAGCUCCUUCAUUAAACUUACUGGUUAUUGUAUCCAAUGUUUGAAGGGUCUUUUGCUUUAUAUUGUUAAUUCAGCCCGCAUUUGGACAUGAGUUCAUUUUUAGAAGUGGACUGGGCAUUGAACUAUUGUAUUUGGAGACACCCAAGUAUUGUGUAAACCAAGUCCAGUCAUUGUGCUAACUUUAGGGGGUGCACGUUCAUAGCAUAUACUCUGAAUUCUGUCUGCAGUAGUGUUUUGUUUGACUAGUAUAGUGUUUUAAGACUAGGGUUUUGAGUAGUUUUAAGGGGAUUUGCACUGUUAAGGUGGCCAUGAGCUUACCACUGCCAGUUUUCUCAGUCUCAAACAUUUAAAUGUGUUUUAAAGCCUUUGAGUUGGCAAAUCCAGAGUCGACGUAAAAGGGCUCUUCCUCUGCCACCUCACACUCUGGUUUUGGAGUCCUGUGUCGUUUGAAUUUAUGUCACUUUCCAGUGCAGACUGUUGCCAAGAAUGUAUUCCCUUCCACACCUGAUAGCCUCUAUGUAUUCUACUUAUUUUGUGCCAGUGGAAAAGAAUUCAGCAUAUGUUUAGAUAUGUUUCUGAAAUCUGUGCUUGUCUAACUCACAGGGCUGUGGAGUUUAAUGAAAACAGAGUGUUGUGAUUCAGGCUAUUAUAUAAAGAAGGAAAAGUGAUCCUGGAUAAAAUAUUUUGGUUGGUGAUUAAAGUGCUCAUUGAAUUUUUUUUUAAUCAGUGAUCUGGAAUCUUGAUAGCUGUUAUCCACGUUAUAGUUUAAUGAGAGUUAAGAUUUGAACUAUAAAUUCUCAUCAUUUCCCCUCAAUCUUGAGGGACUGAGGAAGCAGACAUCGAAGGAGCCUUCUAAUUUUGACUAAAUGACCAUUAACUACAAGGCAGCAAACGAUUGUUACACAGUCAAUGUUUCAUAGAGUGCUGUGGGUACAAUCAGGUUUUUUAAAGACUUUCAAAGGUUCUUUACAUAUUAUCAUAAAAUAAUACAUGCUUAUGAUUUUUAAAAAUUAUGCAAUAUGUAAAGGGUAUAAAAUGAAAAGGUUAUGUCUCCUUCCAGCAACUUCAUUCCCAUACUCCAGAGGAAUGGGAUUUCUUGUAUUCCUGUAUAGUCCUUCCGAAAUGUUACCGUAUUUUAUAUACCUGUAUAUACAUUUAUACACCUCCUGCUUGUCCUCCUUUAUUUUAAAUAUACAGUUUUGUAACUUGGUUCCUUUUGUUUAACUUGGUUAUCUUUCCAUAUUACCAUAUCCAGCUCUAAAUCAUUUGGAUGGUUCCAAGAUUUCACUAUAUUAUGAAUGUCCCUUUUGAAGAACAUUUGUUCAUAGAUUUUUCUACUAAAACAUUCUUACGAUAAGAAUAUCUUUAUGCAUAUACGAAGAUUAGUCUUCAUUCUUCCUCACUGGAAACUCAGUAAAAUAGACAUCAUUGCUUUUGGGGGUCACCAGCUAUUUAAGUCUGAUUUUAUGCUUCCAUUUAGGAAAUUCUCCCAUUUAAGAAAGAAAAAAAAAUCCCUCAAAUAGACUAUCUUAAAUAUUUGAAAACUCCAAUACUUUUUAAUUGAAGUUUGAAGGCAUUUAGUCAGUUAACUGAAAGACUGGGUGAGUUCGCAUCUAUUUUGCACCCUAACUUUCCCAUUGUCCCUACCCAUGAUUCUUGGACUAGUUCCUGCUGCUGCUUGUUGGUAGUGUGCCUUUCCUUACCAACGUCAGUUAGAUUAUACCUUAUUGUCAAGAAGAAAAGAUACAAAUUACGGCAAAAUCUAUUUUGGCACAACCCCAUGUUUUAUUCAUUAUUUCUUCAAAAUUAGCUUCCUUUGCCUUAGGAAAGAUUUGGGUAAUAGCUGAAAGUGCUGCUUCUCAUUCUUCUGAGGUUUAUAGAGUCCAGAGAAUUAGUCAAGGAUAGGAUGUGCUCUCUGUUUCAAAAACAGGAAAGGUACCUUAGCACUUGAGGCUAGGAGUCAGGGAGCGAGAGAACUUGGAAAAGCCUCAGAGGUUGAGGCUGUUGAGUUAACAGGACAUGUUGUGAAAUGUGUUCAUAUGCCAAGAUUUAUGAAGACCAGAAUUAAUGCAGGAGGUGGUUUUAGGUAUUGGAUCAAAAGGUACAGGCUGAUUUCAGUAUUCAUUCCUAAGACACUUUGGGAUGGUUGAUGAAUUUGGUUAAUAAGUUCUUGUUCAUUGUGUAAUAUUUAUUGGAAGAAUUUUUUCAAAAUAAAGACUCCUGAAUUUGUGUACCA